ACAGGAUAACGUUUAUUUCUCUGGCGGUUGCGGCAGGAAGAAUCAAUAUCAAAAUGGCUUUGAGCUUGUCCUGCCAUGCCGCGCUUCGCCUUCAACAUCAAGUGGCUUCCGGAAACCACAGCAACAAGAACCUCGACAAUGUAAGACGUCUCGUAAAUCGAAUUGGAAUUGCUUCAGUUCAAUCUUCUCCUCUUGAAUCGCUUCGAGAUGGCAACUGGAUCAAGCUUAUUUGCGGUGCAAGUUUCGAGGAUGUGGUUGAUAUUAGGAAUCUCUCUCUUGUUUACACCCUUGCUGGGGUUGAUUGUAUUGACUGUGCUGCUGAUGCCUCGGUUGUUAGUGCUGUGAAUGAGGGAAUUCAAGCGGCAAGGGAUAUCGUUGACGUUCGCAGGCCGUGGGUGAUGAUUAGUGUCAAUGAUGACCAAGAUCUUCACUUCCGCAAAGCUGAGUUUGAUCCUGAGAAUUGUCCACUUGACUGUUCAAGGCCUUGUGAAAUUGUUUGCCCUGCUAAUGCAAUUUCACUACGGGAAGAAAUAAUGAACGAGCCUUCUGAAGUGGCCAGUUUGUCUGGAGCAUUGAAGGGCGGAGUUAUCACGGAGCGAUGUUACGGUUGUGGCCGCUGCUCUCCAGUCUGCCCAUAUGAUAAAAUAAAUCUAGUCACAUAUGUAAGGGAUGCAGCUACUACUGCUGAACUUAUAAAACGGGGCGACGUCGAUGCUUUAGAGAUUCACACCAAUGGAAGGCAAACCACUUCUUUUCAAGAACUAUGGGAUAAAUUAGGGGACUCGUCCAAAUAUCUAAGGCUUGUUGCAGUAAGCCUGCCCAAUAUUGGCGAUUUAACAAUAUCUACAAUGAAAACGAUGUUCUCGAUCAUGGAAUCACAGCUCCGUUGUUCGAACUUAUGGCAGUUAGACGGUCGGCCGAUGAGUGGAGAUAUCGGACGAGGCGCUACAAGGGAAACAAUUGCUUUCGCUGCUCACUUAGCUCUUUCCAAUGACCGUCCUCCUGGCUUCCUUCAACUGGCUGGUGGUACAAAUUUCUACACUGUUGAUGGCUUGAAGAAACAGGGACUUUUUCAAUCCACAUCAACUCGUAAGGAUUUGAUGAACAAAGAGCUAUCAAGUUCAUUGCACGCGUUGAUUGGCGGUAUCGCUUACGGGGGCUAUGCCCGAAAAAUAGUUGGAAGGGUCUUGAGUUCAAUGCAAGCACAAAGUGGAGAUUCCAAUAUUGAAGACUACCCGGACCAUCUCCUGGCUGCACUUGUGGAAGCCUUGGCUUUGGUGGGAACAGUCAAAUGCUAUGAUCCUUCUCUUAUCAGCUCAGCAAAAGCUAACAACUCCUUAAGUUUGUAGUUCAUUUCAAACCACACGUCGGAUACUUUUGUUGUCAUAUCCGUCCGUUUUGUGUUGAAGUACGUUUUUUUGUCGACUACUUCAGUAAACAAGCUCGAGAUAGGAAGACUUAGACCAUAGAAGAUCAAUUGAAACAACAACCACAGAGCAUGCUUAGAAUUCCGAGAGAUCGUCAAAGUCAAAUCCUCACUCUAAUACCAACAAUUGGAAGCUUUGUUCAUAAUGUAGCUUUAGAGAUUAGUUUGAAGAAUACAACAUUUUAACUGAAUUAAAUUUACUGUGGUGAAAUAGGGUGGGAGAAAUGACAUUAUGUGGAAUAAAAGUGGAGAAUUUUCACCUUUUUGGAUAUUUA